AUGGUAGUCGUGGAUAUUAAUGGUACCGGUGCUGGUGCUCCUGACGUACUGCCGCGAGAAAGUGGCGCUACUUCCGUCCUCCGUACGCCAGCCCCUGCCCUCUUUCCCCAUCAGGAGGCCGCUCACCGCCUUGCGCCACUUCUAACAGCGGGCGGCCUAAGACUAGGCCACCUCCGGGCAGCAGCACUCACGACACCUUCACCUCCAGAGGAUUCCUUGGGCAGAGUCAGACUUAAUGACCUUGCCUCCUCCCGCAGGUCAGACACUCUGGAGUGCCCAAGUGCCAAUGUCAUCACCACCAGGUACAAGUGCCAGGUGCGCGAGCAGUGGGUUGACUGCUUCCGCAGGCACUGCUGCCAGGGGUACAACUUCGUCGCCGGCAGAUGCCUGCCAGACACAGUGGAUCCCUGCUCUCAGGAGUUUUGUGAGCAAAAAUGUUCCGUGUACUUUGGGCGAGUGAUCUGUACGUGCUACUCUGGCUACAGAUUCAGUCCAGAGAACCACAAGAGGGGCAUCACACCUGUGUGUCUCGACAUUGACGAGUGUGGGGACCAGAACGGUGGGUGUCGACACAACUGUGUCAACACACCUGGGUCUUACAGCUGCACCUGCCGACCAGGUUACCGUCUUCGUGGCGACAACAGCAGCUGUGAACUGGAGAGUGAGGGCGGGGCAGUACCAUCUCCAGGACAGAGGCGUGUAUUACAGCCGCCCCAUUCCACCCUCUCCGUCGCCCACCAGGACGCCCACGACGUGGGUCUGCAGUGCUCCGCCUCCUGCUCCUCCGUAGGCCAAAUGUCAGCAAAGAUCAAGAGCUUAGAAGAGAAGGUGGUAGCGCUGAGCACUGCUGUCCGUCUCUACAGCUUCGCCGCAGGUCUGCCAGGUCCUGAAGGACCCCCGGGUCCUCCUGGUGCGGCAGGUCCUCGGGGCUUCCCAGGUCCUUCUGGAUCACCGGGGCCCCCAGGGGAAAGGGGUCUGGAGGGCCCCAUGUGGUCGGCGCCCACGACGCUGGCGCCCACGCCGCCCCCGCCUGCGGACGACCCCUUCACCAAAGAAGACUUCCCUCUCGACUCCUGGACCGUCUUUCAAGGCCGCAGCCGCAGGCAGUUCUGUAGAUGUCGACGCGGUGCGGUGGGUUCCCCAGGGGCCCCAGGCAAGCCAGGGCCCAGGGGUCUUCCAGGGCCCGCGGGGCCCCCGGGCGAGAAGGGUGACCCAGGAUCCUUCGAUUUUCUCAACUUGAUGAUCGCUGACGUGAAACAUGACAUUCAGAAGCUGCAGGAGAAAGUCUUCAGCGCUGAGGAGAUGCCAGAGCCGUACGACCUAGCUGGAGCUGUUGCUGCUGGCAGAGGGACACAGGCAGUCUUGCAAAACCAAUACCACACGCAGCUUCAGGAGCUUCUAACAGAGGAAGUGGAUAACAGGAUCUUUGGUGCCGCUCGACGCUUCCAGCCCCAUCAUGUGCCGCUUGCUGAGGGCCAGGAUAUGGGGGUAACUGAGAGAGACGAGCAGGAUACAUUAACGACCACAGCGCCUCUCCAGAACUCUGAACCACUACCGUCGCCCCAGUCUUCCACGGGGGUUUCAGAAGUAUCUUCUCUGGAGAAAACUUUUGAGAAGGGCGUCUUUGCUAGUUCCUCAGAGGAGUCUCUUACCGAAGAGCAUCCUGAAGGAUUCUAUGACACGAGUUUCAAUACUGGCGAUGUGUUAUUUAAUGAAUAUUUGCCAAACUAUGACUACGGAUCGCUAUCAGAUUUCACUUACUUUUCAGAAUAUGCCGCGAUUGAAACUCCUACUUUGAAUCCUGGACCUACUCUAGCAACGCCGUCUGCAAUGUCCAUCCAUAAUACAAAUCAAGCAGCGGCCUCAGCCGUUCCACCGGUUCAACACAGCAAAAAAUCCAAAGCUAAGGAACCGAUUAAUGGCCAUAGGUCCUCGUCGGAUGGUUCAAUCAUGAAGUCACCAACGGUAAAGGAUACACGGGCACCAGCGGUCAAUGCUUCCCGAUCUCAGCACUUGUUUUCUUCUGAGGGUUCCGGUGGAGUAUCAAAAGAUACGAGACAACAGGUUACGGCUACCAUGGCCCUGAGAGACAUCACAGCCGCAGCCCGAAAGGAAUACCAAGAAGAGGCCCAUCAGAAUCGACGAAUAACCAAAAUAUUCAGAGCAAGAGCAGUUCCACUUUUCCUUCCAGAGCUUUGCCAAACUCAAGGCCCUCUGAAAGAGUCCGAAGUUUAAGCGCCUUUGAUGAGAAGGCAAAGAGAGGCUCUCGAAAUAAUAUAAAGAAAGAUUUUAAACACUUUGAUAACACCAAUGGUGACGAAAUUUCUUAUAGUGAGAGAGACACAAGUUUGGAGGAGAGCGAGGCAAAUACUGAAGGAGAUAUUCCAAUAAACAAGAGAGGCCAUGAUCGAGAAGUAAAGGAGGACGAGUUUACAAGAACGUCCUCUCAAGAGAUCUUCACCGAGGACGAUACCGACGCACAGUACCCCAAGCGACCGCUGACGGAAGUGGACAAGUCUCGCAUCAGAGAGAACGAGAAGCUCAUUGAUAUCUUAGACGACAUCUUGAGGGAAAUGGAAGAAACGGCCAAGCUCUUGCGCGUCACCAGGAAUCCAGAUAACUCCACACAGACGCUCCCAGCAGGCGAGUUCUCACCCCAUGACGGCAACACCAGCAUUGCAUCCAGACUACACAAAGAGAUGACCAACAUGUCCAACAACAGCAGCAGCAGCAAUUUCAACAACAGCAGCAGCAGUAGCAGCAACUCCAUUACCUCAAAAGGGAAAUCUGAAACGCCUACCAGCAGUUCGUCUGUAAUUAACAACUCGGUCAAUUCUCAAAACAGGGUCACCAGUCCCACAAAUCCACACACAGAAACAAGCACUGAUUCUGUGGUGCCCGCUGUCAGAUCAGUAGCUGACAAGAGAGCAGGCAACACAGACGCAUCACCUAGCAGGGAGACUGAAGGCUCCAUUACACAAUUUACACAACCUGGCCAACUAGGGAUUCAAACGCAGCAUAAUUUAGAAGGCGCUCCAAAAAGACCCUCAGACGAUUGAGGUCAGCUUGUAUUCUAGAAUAUAUACGUGUGUGUGUGUGUGUGUGUGUGUGUGUGUGUGUGUGUGUGUGUGUGUGUGUGUGUGUGUGUAAAUAGGCUGUUACUCUCAUAAACUAGUUAAAGUAACUAUGUAACCCCUAGUUUGUAGAACUGUACCUCAGUGAUGUAUCCUUUUACUUACCAUUUUAUAUAUUAUGAAGCGUUGUUUUACACACAAUGUUAGUCACGAGUCAUUACACUGCCAGUGAAGUCCCCAUUCUACGUUACCGGAAGUCAAGACAUUCCCAGGUAAUGGCUUCACCAUGAAGUGUUCUCUUAAGCUGUUUUAGCGUGUAAGAUGUUUCCUUAAAACGCUGUUUAACGCUGAGUGAACAUCGGAAGAAUUUUUUUUACGAAUGUUAGAUUGAACCUCUAAAAGCCACAGUAUUUUCAAACACUCUUCAUUCUCCAUCUCGCCCUCAUUGUAAACACAUUCGCUUUCACACGCACUACGACAAGAUCGGUUGACCAAUACUUUCGUUUUAGCGAAUGAGUAAUGCGUUCGCCUUCGGCUGUUUUUACAUUCGGAUCUCUUCCUCCUCUUCCUUCUCUCACAGAAUGUUUAAAAACAUUCUUCUGCCCCAUCCAUCACAUCUGCAUCUUUCUUAACCCUUGUGGUUUAGCGCUUCUUUUUGAUAAUAAUAAUAAUAAUAAUAAUGCAUCUUCUCCCACUCAUCCUCUCCCUUACUUCCUUCUGUCUCUUUAACAUUACGUAAGAUCAGCCUGUAUUUACGUAAUCUGUCGAAACCUUGCAGAAAUCUGCGUCAUCGGGAAAGCCAUUUACAGCCUGGCAGCGCCGAAGACUGGUUGAACAAGUGACUAUCUGGUGGCUCGUAGAAAAGUUGGGAAACGAACGUUUGGUAUGAGGACGAGAUGUAGACUUGUAGUGUGAAGUUACAAUGCUUGUAGCCAAAUUAUUGUAGUGGAUCACACAACCAGGUUAUUGUAGUGGAUCAUACAACCCAGUUAUUGUAGUGGAUUUUACAACCAAGUUAUUGUAGUGGAUUUUACAACCAAGUUAUUGUAGUGGAUCAUACAACCAAGUUAUUGUAGUGGAUCACACAACCAGGUUAUUGUAGUGGAUCAUACAACCAGGUUAUUGUAGAGGAUCACACAGCCAAGUUAUUGUAGUGGAUCAUACAACCAAGUUAUUGUAGUGGAUCACACAACCAGGUUAUUGUAGUGGAUCAUACAACCCAGUUAUUGUAGUGGAUCAUACAACCCAGUUAUUGUAGUGGAUCAUACAACCAAGUUAUUGUAGAGGAUCACACAGCCAAGUUAUUGUAGUGGAUCACACAACCAGGUUAUUGUAGUGGAUCACACAACCAGGUUAUUGUAGUGGAUCAUACAACCCAGUUAUUGUAGUGGAUUUUACAACCAAGUUAUUGUAGUGGAUCAUACAACCAAGUUAUUGUAGAGGAUCACACAGCCAAGUUAUUGUAGUGGAUCGUACAACCCAGUUAUUGUAGUGGAUCAUACAACCCAGUUAUUGUAGUGGAUUUUACAACCAAGUUAUUGUAGUGGAUCAUACAACCAAGUUAUUGUAGAGGAUCACACAGCCAAGUUAUUGUAGUGAAUCAUACAACCAAGUUAUUGUAGUGGAUCAUACAACCAAGUUAUUGUAGUGGAUCAUACAGCCAAGUUAUUGUAGUGGAUCAUACAACCAAGUUAUUGUAGUGGAUCAUACAACAAAAUUAUUGUAGUGGAU